AUGCCAACAGCAUCCGCAAAAUAUCUUUCACCAUUGGACAAUCCACUGUGGCAUUCAUUUCGAGAGUCUAUUCGAAAUCAACAUCCAUUAGCUGCAGCUGAUAUACCAUUAUUGCUUUCAGAAGCUUUUCAUUCGUUAUCGAAGAAAGAAAUUAAAAAUGCUUGUCGAAAAUGUGGCUUAAUAUAUGGAACUGAUGAAUAUUACGAUAGACCUUAA